ACCACAUCAUCUUCAUCACCCAUUCUCAUCCUCUCUCUUCUUCUCUUUUUCACUCUGUGUUUGCUUUCUUUUGCUCUCUUAACAUAACACAAACAUGUCCAUAGUUGUUGGCCAAGUUUACACACAUCUUCCCACGAAGCAAGUAAGCCAAAAUCUUGACGCGGGUGGAUGGAGUUUCUUGCAAUAUUUCUCUGAACCAAAAGGCAUUGUCCAAAACAGAGAAGACGACACAAAGAAAACAGCUUAUGUCCACCCGAUCGAGAAGCGUUCCGUAGCUAAACUGAGCCUUGAGAUGUGCACAGAGAGCCUCGGGACCGAGAAUGGGAGUGAUAGUGGAGACGAGAUGUCGUUACUUGCGCUUGAAGCAACCAAUAUUUCAAUGAGUCCUCUUACUACGAAACCUCAAAAAGAAACUAACCUUAUGACUCGUGAAAACAGUUUUCCUCCGCCGUUAAAAUCCGUCAACGGAUUCAACAAUAGCCGUAUGGUGAAAUCGUAUAAAGAAGAUGGUCGUCUUGUUGUGCAAGCAAUUAGGGUUUGUUCACCACCUCGUUGCUUUGUAUCUGAACGUCGUGAAGGAAGGCUUCGUCUCUGUUUAUCAGAGAAUUCUUUGAAUAUUCAAGACGGAGAAGAAGAGUUCCAAGAAAAUGAAUCCGGAUUCGAAGGUCAUGAAGAUAAAGAAGAAGAAGACGAUUCAGAGGAAGAAGAGGAGGGCAUUGUGGGGAAUAACGAGAACUUUGAGGGUAAAAUUGGAAAUAAAAAGUUUAGCAGAAGACCAAAAAGGAGAUGCAAUGAAAAUGGAUAUGAGCCUAAAACCAUGCUUAACUGGAAGGAGCAACAAUUUUGGGUGACCACUUAAUGGAAAACUCAACUCAGCAAAUAAAUUUAUUUUUAUGAC